AUGCUUCGUUCACUGAAAAGUUGGACAGCCUUUGUGCUUCUAAUUCUGUGCUUCAUACAGAUUUACCUUUUAGAAGUGUCCGUAGGAGCUAGUGAAACGAAAGGUGAGUGAUUAACGAGGCAACUUGAAACUUUGGACGGCAUAAUGCUUGCCAAUGUUGUACGUUCAUGAUCGAUUCGAUUUGGUCAAAGCUCUACAACUUUCAAUUUAAAAAAGAUCUGUAAGGUCUGUAAACGUAAUGAAACCGUUUUAAAGUCUAGCUUGACUGAAAGAAAUGGACGAAAAUAUGCCGAAUCAAAGUCGUCACGAGAUCGGCGAAUCAUGUUUUAUACGAACCUCAGACGAACCUUAAGCUUAACUUUUUCAAGUGCCAAUGGUUUCGUUUUCGUUGAUUAACAGACAGCCUGCAGACGCUUUUCACUUCCAUGCGGUGCGAGUUAGUACUUUAACCUUGGCGGUAUUAAAAUUUCACAGCGAUGUUAUUUUUUGUUGUUCUGGAUUUCGGAAAUAAUCUUACAUCAUACUUUAUAACUUGGAUAUUGAAAUAUUGUGUUUGUAUUGUACGUGUGCGUAGACAGUUUUUGUGUCACCUUAAAUGCCACUCUGUUUGGGAAGCGUAUACUAACUUCUCUUUGAACCUUUGCCCAAGUGAUAUUAAAAAUGUUUGCUACUUUUUAUUAUGACUAAGCUUAUGUGUAUUAAGAACUGGACGAGGGUAACUGUAUGUUUGAAUUACUCUACAGGGCUUUGUGGAAAACUUCAUCUAAUAUACAAGAUAUGAUAUAUUGAUUUUUAUUGAUAAACACUUUGCUAGAGUGUUCACUUUUAACGUUAUGUAAACAAUGUUAUGUUGGGAAACUUUUCUCAAGCAUUAAUUUUGAUUACAUACAGGGCAGGACUUGUCUAUAUAGUGGGCUGGUUUCACUGAUAAGUGGUGGUCGGGACAUGAAAGAAUUGGAAAGGCUAAUAUUAUAAUAUAACUUGCCUACUUACAGCAUGUAAUUCCCAUUGGAUGACCAUGGUAUAUGGGUAACUCAAAUUAAGAUGCCCAGCCAUACACGUACAUGUAUUCAAGGGUAUGGUUUUUGAUUUCUGGCCAUUGUCUUUGAUCCACGCUUUAACAGCUUUUAGAGGAAAUCACCCAACAGUGAAUCGUUGACUUCCAUUAAGUACAACAUAUCAUGUUUAUCUGUCUGAAUUUAUAAAAAGGUACACUCUGUACAGAAAUUUCAAGUGCAUUUUAACAAUUUGACCCUUGAGGUGAGUAAAAAGAAGUUGAAAGUUGCUAGUUAGGGCUUGAAAAGGACAAAUUAAUCGCUGGCUACACGCAGGAAGUCCUUGGCAAUAGCGAGAGAUUUGUAAUGAAAUGAACAACAUUUAAAAGCACAGAAAUUAUGAAAUUACAGUCUCUCAAUUAUCUAUGAGGCUCAUAGCGAGAUACCUGACUACAACAGACCUAGAAUCUACCUUUCUUGAGCCCAGAAUCGGUUGUCUAAUAAAGACAAAAUCACUUCAACUAAACACUCAUGAAACAUUUUUAUGCUUGUGCAUGAUAAUUAUUCUUAGAACAUGAGCACCACGACAUACCUGAAUUCUGUCUGUCAACAACUUCAGGAAAUCACACCAUUAACCACGUUUGCGACACUGAUAGAAAUAUCCUCAGCCAACCAGGCACAAUGUUUCCACACUUAAUAUGGACCAAAUGUCAUCAAAUUACUCUCGCUCAAUAACUCUCGCUUUCUCCACAUAAAUCAUCACAUGACACAGUGGAUUUAUUCAAGAUCCUGGAUGUAGACGAGCCGUUUUGAAAGGGACACAUAGAGGCUGGCGUUCAAAACAAUUUUUAACUAAAUCUCUGGCCUGGUCAGAAAUAUGCAUCAAUGUUGCUCUCUCCGAGUAGAUGUUAGUCCUACAAACUACUUUUUGAGGCCAGAGACUGAUCACAACCCACAUCAACGCUUGUAAUAUGAUGCCUUUCUGUCUCAAGCCCGAGAUCAGUGUUUCACCCGUUUAGCCAAAAUGAGACGAAAUAUGGUAACAUAUUGGAUGGCAGCAGGCUUUGCAAAUCAUUAGACUUGCUCCUUCAUGAGGCUCAAUAGUGCCUUCGGAAAACUUUGCUGCAGGUGGCCAAAGUGAAAUCUAGAAAAUUAACCGACCAUGGAAAACAACUUGUACUGCACAUGCUGAUUUUGAAUUUAACAGUGUUUUAUGACACAGAGUGAAAAAGACGCUACGGAGCGUACACUUCGGCGGCGUGGUUGUGGAACUGAUUAAUUGUAAAUGCGGAGGAAUAGUAAGAAAUGAAAUAUGGUAAGAGUAAGAUGUUAAUUUGUGAAAUUAUGGGAUUUGUCAGGAUAUUCUGAAAAGAGCAACAUCCAAGAGGCCUACUUGCCAAAAACUAGCACUCGGGACAAAGAAUGUCUCUGAGAGAUUAGCCCAGUUAUGCUCUGAUGACUUCAUACAAAUCCUUCGAAAUUUGAAUAACAAGUCUAACAAAACAAACAGUGACAAAAGAAUUCUCUAUUUUUCUUAGUCACAUCAGGCUUCAAAAACAGCAUAGCAGUCUCAUGUACUGAUUAAAGAUAAGUAAGGCAUGGGUUAGGAAACGUUGAUCAUGGAAUUUGCUAAAACUCAAUGUUAUGAGUUCGAAUGUUUUGAUGAUAAUUAUUCACUGACUAUCAGCACGCAGGGAUGUCAGAUUAACACAAGGAAGUUUAAUACCAAAGGAACAUAGCCUUCACAGAGCUUUAAAACACAGCAUCUGCCAACACAAACUUUACUUGAACUUGAGUAAAACUGAACAACCUCUACCAAUAAUAACAAACUCUCACUUGAAUGUCAGAUAUCUUACGGCUUCCGCCAACUUGUAAACACAGAACUUGAAAAUCAACUGUCGUCACACUUGACUAAACACAGCAGUCCAGCUCGUGGGAAGAAAACUUAGUUCAUCAAAAGAACUCGCUUGGAACUUGUAUACUGUUUGACGUAAGGUUCUAGAAAAUACUAAACAGGCGAAUAAUAAUAGCUUUUCGACAUAUUUUCUGAUUUCAGUAACUGAUGCAAAUCUGCUUGCUCAUGCUAAAACUUGUAAACAUGCCCUAAUUAAUUAUUCAUGAAUAAUCCAAAAACGUAGAGAAUGUUCGAGAAAGUCACGCAACGCAUGAAAGCAGUUUUACUACGUAGCACUCGACAAAGACAAAAUGUCUUUGUGCAGCAUUUUGUAACUUUAAAUUCAUCACAAAACAGUUCGAAAGGAGGGCUCACUCGUGACAUGUUUUUCAACACUCGAAGAGAAAUUUUGUGUCUCUGCGUGGCCACGUAAUAUCCUCUAUUUAUUCCUCAAGUAAAUUAAAGACUAAACUCGAAGUGAUCUCAACAUAUCACAAAGUAGUCCUGUUUCAUUUCGUGAAAUAGCCGAAACAAGCCGAAAAGUCACGAACUUGUGUGCCCAACCUUUACCCGAAACUAGUGCAUCAUUUCAUAACUAUUUUUCCUAUCUCGAACUACCUUGGGUCGCAGUAGUGCAAUCGGCUAAUCCCUCAACUUAGAGUCUCCUUUGAUCUGAGGGGUCACACAGGUGAGUCCGUUCAAACCCUGGGAAAGCCAAAAUAAUAAUUCUUUGUUCCUCGAAAAAGUUAAAGAAUAAAUCAAAGAAAUCGCAGUGAUAUCGAGAUAUCUCAAACUAAUUUUCUCAUUUCGUCAAGUAGCCGAAUAGAACCGAAAACCUACAGACUUUGUGUGUCCAAUCUUGUCAAAAAAGUCAACUUUGAUACAUUCCUGAGUGUCACUAGUCCUUUACUUUGUGCUCCGCUGAAGUAAUUAUGGGAAAUGAUAGGUGGAAGGGGGGGGGGAGAUGGAAACAGCAUUAUCAACACUUUAUCUUCUUGUCUACGGCAGUUUGUUAGGGGGUUUUUUUGUACUGAAAGCAUCAUAAGAAAAAAAAAUGGCCAAGUACUGAACAAGCCACAAAUGAGACUGUUGCUAAAAAAAUCCUGGAGGUAACUUUUUGCAAAUCCAGACAGAUAUCUGUUGCAGUUUAUUUUUUUUAUUUCAGUUAAUUUUUGAUUUUCAUUUGUGUUUGGGUAUGGUAGUGUAUGUUAAUAAGUUUGAAACCGGGGAAAAUAAAAAUUAACUGAAAUAAAAAGUUAACCACAACAUAUCCAAGUUGUAAUGUAUGUCACCACGUGACUAGUGCCUGGGACUGUGCAGAGCUUCAGAGAAUACUCAGUAAUUGCUUUUCGUGACUAUAUGUCAAAGUCAACAAACCGGUGUGGUUUGAAGAAAGGUAAAAACAGUGUUGUUUUUGCAAAGAAAAUAACCUGAAAAGUGCCAAGUAAGUUCUAAAAAAUCCUGUUUAUGAAGAGUAAAACAUAUUUCUAAAAAACCUAAGUGCAUCACGCAGUAUUGUGAAGAUUUUUUAGGAAUUGUAUGGGAUUGUGUGGAUUUGAUCAAAUUGUGUGUUUUCACACCCACACACCCUGUUUGAAGCCCUGUUAUAUGGUUGGUAGUUAUGACUAAAACUUAACAGAUAGAUUUAGCCAGGGCUAAAAGUGAAGCUCUCGUUACUAUACUUCUAAUUUAUUCACACAAAAAUAAAAUCAUGUGAUGCUAAACAGUGACGGCAUUGAAAACAACAACAAAAAAACAGCUUUAACAACAACAGGUCUAACUAGCAAAGAAAACAACUUUUCACACGCAGCACACUUUUUUUUUUGGAGGUUUCUUUACCUUUAUUGUUGCAUGACUAUAAUGUGAAGCUUUCUAGUUUAUACACUUUUUAUGGAGGAAAUGUUGUAUGUUCUCACAAAAAAUAAAUUGCUGCUUGUGUUCCUGUUCACUUUCUUUUGCACUGCCAUUAAUUUUCAUCUUACUGGCUGCUAACAUUCCUCAUUUUCUCACUACUGCUAUGAAAUUUUCAUGUGUUUCUAAAAAAAUUUGUCUCCUUUGUUUUUAUCUCUCGCUCUUGUUCUUUCCCUGUUAUCCAUGUCAGCCUAGACAUUAAAACUUAGUCGAAGAAGAGACGCGGCUUUGUUGUUGUUUUUCUUGUCUAAAAGUCCGGGUGUCUAAGAUGGCUGUAACAUGGACGUCUAUCACCAAGCACCACUCGAAGUAAAAAGGGUCAUUUCACAUUGGUUAUCCCAUGGUGCGGACAGAGCUAAAAUACUACUAAAAUUUCUUGGAUGCAUGGAUAACCAAAUUAUCUCACUCAUGGUGCUCCCCUGGGCACACUUUGCGCGUGUGAGAGCUCCUACCCAAGUGUCCUGUGUCCAUGAUGAUUUGUAAUAAUUACCCAUGGAUGCAGACUAAUUCAUGACAUGCAUCCGGUAGGAUGCAAAGAUUGAGACAUUGAUUUAUAUGUGUUUUCGAAGCAAUUGAUAAUUUAUUACUUUAUUGUCUUUGAUUCUAGAGGACAAAUGCAAGAAAUUUAGCAACAAGUCAUGUGAUGAAUGUGUUAAACAGGAUGGGGUAAGGUGGUUUUUAAUAAACAAAUUUAUGUAAUGAAUAACCACAGUACACAAAUUUAUUGAAUACCAAAUGAAUACAGUUUAAAUACUACUGAGUGUGCCUUCUAACCAAGGUUGGCACAGUGGUGCAUGACAGCUCUUGCCUCCCAGUAAUGUGGCCCAGGUUCAAAUCCUGGCAUUGACGUCAUUUGUGGGUUGGGUUUGUUGUUGGUUCUCUCCCUUCUUCUGAGAGGCUUUACUAUGCAUACUUUGGUUUUCCCGUCUCCUCAAGACUAAAUUCCAAUUCAAUCAGGAAUGAAUGCACAUGUUUAAACAAGUUCAACUCCUCAGUGCAGCCUUGUGGAUUUAUAAACAGAUUACAAAAAAUUUAUUUUUGGCAAUUUAUAAUGUAGAACAUUACUCUGAACGUUUCAGGAUUUGGAAAUCAAUAAAUUGUCUUCAAUCUAUGUAGUCAUAACAGGGCUGCAAAUAAUUUCCCGGCUGGCACCGGUCAAAUUGUCCGGUCAAACCUAUUUUUGCUCGGACAUAUCCCAUUUUUGGCCGGACAAACAUCGAUUACGUCUUAUCGCUAUAAAAGUACCCCCUCACCCCUUCACAUGAUGUUUAAAUAUGAAACAAGUAAAUUUUCAAAGCAUUUAUUGUACAUGAGCAUCGAUCUCAAUGCAGGAAAAGUGGAACGCAUGGUACAGCAAAAUCAGUAUCACAUUUGUGCCUACUACUAUUGCUUGAGUUCUACGUCUUAUAUACGGUUAGUUAUGAAGUUGAUGAAAUUGACUGAGGCUUGCAAUCUAGUUGAUUUUAAAUGUUGCCAGAAACAGGGAAGCUCUUUCCCUAAGAUGCGUGAUUGAACUUUUAAAAUACAAUAAUGGAAGAGUUUUUUUAGACAUCCGUAGCCUGUUCACAGACCCUCUGUUUUCUCUUAAAAGUCCGUUGAGCGCGGGUGAUAAAAUAUAAACCGCAGGGGAUUUAUUGACCGCCAGCGCAAGGGGGUGGUGGUGGGGGAAGAUAAAUAUACAUAUUCUUUAUUUUUCUUUCUCGCGCUCCGCGCUCGCUUCGCUCACCAACGUUUUUGGAAAGAAUGAAAAGAAAAAUAAAACGUCUGUUUACAGGCUAAGACAUCCGAGGACAUCAUCUUACGAAAAUGCGGUUUGGACAUAAGGGAACACCCAGAUGCACUGGAAAGGGUUUUCGAAGACGUUGACGACUAUGUUCAUUAACUGAAGUCGUUACAUACCACAUUGGCAACAUUUAUAAAGGAUUAUCGCAAAUACAAUUUCUUUCUAAUCCAUUGUGUUUCGACCUUCCUUACCAGCGUAGACGACCGGACAAAUUGUCCGGCCAUCUAAGGAUUUGACCGGACAAAACCUAUUUUUGUCCGGACAUUGUCCGUUGACCGGCCGUUAUUUGCAGCCCUGCAUAAGCCAAGCAGUGUUAAUUGUUCACUUGCUGUCAAGGGCUGUGGGAGUUGAUCUGGUCAAGCGCUCACAGUGUGAAGCCAAAGUCUAAGAGACUCACAACAACACCAACUGAAAAAACAUUUCUGCCCAGUUUAGCCAUGUCUCGUAACCAAGUUAAUAUUAGAUGAUAAUCUGUUGGUCUCUUUGUAGUCAUUUGGAUAAUUUCUAGGCCUAGUUGUUCCAAGGGUAAUAGGCCAUUUGCACUAAGAGGUCAUUUGACAUCAUUUUAUAUGAAAAUGAAAGUUAUAUGAUUUUGCCUUCAAAAAACGAUUAGUGAGUCAUAUCUUAAACAAAAUAAUAUUGAUUUGGUUUUCCAAACCCACAUCAUUUUCUUAAAAUGAGUAAGUUCACAGCAGGUCACAUGAUCAAAAUGUGAUUUUUAAAAUUGUGAAUUACCUCUUUCUGAACACAAAUUUUGCACUUAGACUUCAAAGAAAAUGUUGAAAAGAUGAUGUGGUGAUGUUUACAGCACAUCUGAGCGUAACUGUCAAACGUUUAACAAUACAGGCAAAAAGUAGUUUUGGCCGCCAUUUUGGAGGGCAUACUUUUGCCCUCCAAAAUGGCAGCCAAAUAUAAAUGAAUAUAAAGAAUCCUACCUUGUUGAAAAAGCAAAGUACCAAAAAAUAUCUCCCUUAAAGGCAUUUCCUCUCAAAUUUCGGACGUAAGAUAAUUUUAUGUGCUCUGUCAAUGUUAGCAUCAGCAAGAUUGCAACUCAUUGUUUAAAGGAAACAUUGGUUACUUGUCCUCUUACUGCAAGUGGCCUGGCCUAUUAGCGCUAACCUGCGUCGUUUGUUCCAUAGAUUUUUCAGUAAUAAUUUUCUCUAUUCCUUUUAGAGUAUCCAAUCAUCCAGUUGGAUGCAAAAAUAUUUAAACUGAAUUGGUUUGUUAUAAUUUUAUAUCUGAAUUCAAAUUCUGAACUAAUCCUGGGUUAUCUCAAUCCAUCUUUGAUCAACCCGGCUCUUUAGGUUGGGACGGUGUCCAGGAUCAGUAUGGAAUUAUUGUUUUAAUUACUUAAUCUUAUAAGCCGUCAGCUGUAGUCCGCUCUGGUAAACUUCUCAGUUCCAUAAAGUACAAUAUUUCUGUCUACUCUAAGUUAUCACAGGCCAAGGAACGCCUUUUGGCAUUUACCGGUAGUUUGAGCUCUGUCAUUUUAGUUACAUGGAGAAAAUUUAUUGUUACAUCUUCAAUCCAUAUGAAAAAAUAUGGUUCUUUUUGUCUUACUUUCCAGUGUGCAUUUUGUGAAAAGGACAAACAUUGUAUUCCAUUUGAUGUGGUGAAAGAUGUUACGCACAAGUCCUGCGAAGGUCAGGAUUGGAAAUACAAACAGUGUGUUGGUGAGCAAAUUAACAUUGCAAAGUCAUUAUUUUACUUGUAGUACAAGGUAACUUGAUAAUGGCAUAAUUGCAUCUUAAGCAAAUUUUUCAUAGUUUUAUUUUUAUGAAUUUAACUCAAUUAAGUUAACACACUUUUUAAAACCUUCUUCAUACAGCUACAUGCAUCGUUAUUAUAAUUACUGUUACUCAGUGGCUUAAGUGCCAUUUUUUUGUUUUCCUAAAAAUUCUUUUGUUCUUACCAAGUGGAAUCUCUUUGUAGGUUUUUUCAGUUUCUAUAUCCCGUAAGAAAAGAUUCCUCUGUUUUUGCCGAAUUAGGCAAACUUUUCAGUUUUAUGCAAAUGUAAAGAAGGUUCGGGUGGCUGCAGAUUCACCUUAAGGGUUCUGCAUUGAUAAUCCUUUGUAGGAGAUGUUAUUAACUGUCUGUUCUGACCGUAGCCUGAAAAAGUAUCCAAUAUCUCACGACACCACUACUUGUUUCCCCCACGAAAUGACGUCCGAGGAAGAAAUACCAUACUGAUGGUGUGUCAGAUCGUAUGUCGGUCGUUUCGCCUACACUCAGGUCGAUUCGCCUACAUAAUCUUAGACAUUUCGCCAACACAUCUAAGGUCGAUAAGUUACGUUAAAAAUUGUCAAUUAAGCAACCGACGUACACUUAUAAGAUGUAAGUUUAUCUUUACCUCGGCGAUCUUUAGCACAUCGUUCGCGUACUCAGGCAGGUCAACAAAUGAACUAUCAUCCCUGUAUUGCUGAAAUAAAAUCAGAAUAUUUAAGGGCCUUUGAUGACUGAUUUUGUUUUUUCACAAGAUAAUAUUAUAAAUUAGUUUAAACAUGUCAGAGUCAUCGGUAAGCUUUACUCUUAAUUAUAUAACUCAGUCAGUGAAGUCAAUCAAUGCAGGCGAAACAAGCAAGACUAUGUGGGCGAAUCGACCUCAGUGUAGACGAAACGACGUGUAGGCGAAACGAUCGGUUUCCGUCAGAUCUGGGUAGUGCUUCUGAUUUGGGUGUGCCGCUAUGAUAAUGCGCUUAAAUCACAAGCACUUCCCAGAUCUUGGCAGUGACACGUUGAUAGAUAAAUUUCUGCACUUGUUUCUCAGAUGUCAUUUUGCAGGGAAACUAGUGGGCUCAUUACGAAAUGUCAUCGUAUUACAUUGUAUCUCAGGCUAUUCUGACCAGCAUAUAUGCUUUGAUUUUCAGUCUCUGGUAAAAUUCUUCUCAUUGCUUUACCUGUGACUGGUUUUGUGGUGCUGCUAGCUCUGGGAUGUACCAUCUACUGCUGCUGUUGCCGAAAGAAAAAGAGAUUCAGAGGGUAUGUGAUAUCAUUCGAAGCAAACUGUUACAGUUCGUUUUACAAGUAUUCAAUUUGCUGACACAGCACACCUGACUUGAAACGUUGUUUUGUUACCCUUUAUCUCAUAGACUCGAUAAAGAAGAAGCUAAAUGGCGUCGUCAACGAGAGGAAAUAGAAAUCAAACACAAAGAAAGGUAUAAUAAUUGUUGACCAAUGCGUUUUGCGUGAAGUAUAAGCGUCACGCUAAACGUGUACCAGCUUUACUAACUAAGGAAAAGGGAUCAAUUAAGGUUUCUGGGAAACUGGAAACUGCCCACCUACCCCUCCCCUGAGUCAACAUUAACACUUACUUCUCACUUACGGCAAAAUGUUGGAUUAGGGGAGGAGCAGGUGGGCAGUUUCCCAGAAACCUUAAUUGAACCAGGAAAAGGUGCAAAAAAGUGAUUAUUAAUGUCAAACGUAACCACCUACUGAUUUACUAUUUUUUCUCUCAGGCGUGAGGAGCGACAGAAGAAACACGAUGAGAUCAGAAAGAAAUAUGGUAAAUAUUAAUAUUAUUCUUCUAUUUCAAGUUGUUAAAAUUGGCCGUAUUCACACUAGAGACGGAUUAUCCGUCUGAGAUGAGUUUUCCGUUGGAUAAUUUGCGUGAGACAGAUAAACCGUCGUACGUUGAAAAUGGAACGGUCUUAAUUUUUGAUGGACAAUCCGCCUAACUUUAUCCAUCUCUUUUUCCGUCAAUUUUGACGGAUUUUGAAGAUGGAUUAACCGUCUCAGACGGAUAAUCCGUCUCUAGUGUGAAAACGGCCAUUAUCGCGGACAUGCGAUGUGCUGUGAUGUGAUGUGAGGCACAUGUAUGGUUGGUGCGUGGAGGGGGGAGGGGCUUUUUUUUUUCAUACAGACAAGUAAAUCACCAUCCUAAUGAGGCCUCCAAAAAAAAAACUUGAAUUUCAGCUUGUCCUUUGGGCAAACAGCUCUCUCAUUUUGCUUGCCAAGGACCACUUCUUGCUCGUCUUAGUAAAUGAUGUUUUUAGAGAAUGACGUACCUGGACUCUUGUCUAUUUAAAAGUAAGCAAGUGAGCUUUUAAAGGUAUACUUGCCUUGCAACAAGAUCUUCUUGCCUCGGCCGGAGUACCAGACGGGACUUUUUUCGGGCCUUGACAAUGUGACUAAAUUGUGAUUCAUUGUUCUCACUCAAACUUCAUCUCGUCACUCAUAUUUACUCUUGCCAAACUGUAUAAUACGCUUUCGCUGGAUCCUUACCCUACAAAUACUGUUGAACGCAUUGAGCUGUAGCUAUAUACAUGUAUGUAAUUGUGGCCAGCUUGUUGUUGUUCAAAAGGUGAAUAACGCUAUCCACUGGAAAAAUCUCUAUCCAGCGGAUAACGCAAUCGGUUUCUCUGGUACUUACCCGCUGGAUGGAAAUUACCAGCGUUUGACGAUUUGGUUGAACGAUUUUCAGUCGUAUUUUAAGGGUAGAAGGUUGAACUUUGUAAGAUUUCCUUUGGACAUUUUUUAAGCUUUUAUUUCAUUGCAGGUCUCUACAAGAAUGACAACUCAGAGGAACCCGAAGACGGCCGUUAUCACCGAUUUGACAACACAGCAGUCGCUUGA